AUGAUCGCAAUCGUAGAACCACUUGUGCUGCCACCCAACACCAGUAGCGAUGUUUUCAACAAGUUUUUGACAACUUGUGAAGAUAUCGGUCGCGAUAAUAUCGAGGUCAUAUCCUCCGCAACCCAGAUCGAUGACGGCGACUAUAUGAAGCCGAACUACACACACGACCCUCAUCACAUCCUAAAGCAGGAUUUCUUCCUUGCUUCAGCUGUUAUCGCCCCUCGCAACGUCGCUGAUGUUCAGACUAUCGUCAAAGCUGCAAAUGAGUACCAUGUACCACUAUGGCCCAUCAGCAUUGGGAGAAACUCAGGGUAUGGAGGCGCCGCUCCACGUGUAUCUGGUAGCGUAGUCGUUAAUAUGGGUAAACACAUGAACAAGAUCCUCGAAGUCAAUGUGGAGGGUGCGUAUGCUCUGGUCGAGCCAGGAGUCACUUUUCACGACCUACAUACCUAUCUCGUCGAGAACAACCUUCGCGACAAGCUUUGGCUCGACGUACCAGACCUUGGUGGUGGUUCAGUCCUAGGUAAUACUAUGGAAAGAGGUGUUGGCUACACACCUUAUGGCGAUCACUUCAUGAUGCAUUGCGGCAUAGAACUCGUCUUGCCGAGUGGCGAGCUCAUUCGUACUGGUAUGGGUGCAUUGCCUCAUCCCCAUCAGAAAGACGGUGUUCCCCCUCAAGACCAACCUUGGAACGAUACGGCGCAACUGUUCAACUACGGCUUCGGUCCCUAUGUUGACGGAAUCUUCACACAAUCCAAUCUGGGCAUCGCUACAAAGAUGGGCAUGUGGCUCAUGCCGAAUCCGGGUGGUUAUCAGUCAUAUCUUGUCACAAUCCCUCGCGAGGAAGACUUGAAGCAGGCUGUUGACAUCAUCCGGCCGCUGAGGUUGAACAUGGUCCUCCAGAAUGUACCUACAAUUCGACACAUCCUCCUCGACGCCGCUGUGUUAGGAUACAAAUCCGACUACACCUCCGAUAUCAACAAGCCCCUGACAGACGCUGAGCUAGACGCUAUAGCUGAGAAGCUUAACCUUGGUCGGUGGAACUUCUACGGUGCACUCUACGGGCCCCAGCCGAUCCGUGAUGCGAUGUGGACUGUCGUCAAGGAGGCCUUCUCAGCCAUCCCAGGGGCAAGAUUCUACUUCCCAGAAGACCGACAGGAGGAAAACUCGAUCUUGCAUACUCGGCACAAGACAAUGCAGGGAAUUCCCACCUACGACGAGCUCAAAUGGCUGGACUGGUUACCGAAUGGCUCGCAUCUCUUCUUCUCACCAAUUUCUAGAGUGAAUGGCGAAGAUGCAACCAAGCAGUUCGCUCUCACCAAAGCACGGUGUCACGAAGCUGGCCUUGACUUCAUCGGUACAUUCACGAUUGGCAUGCGGGAAAUGCACCACAUCGUAUGCAUUGUCUUUAAUUGCAAAGACGAGGAACAAAAGAAGAAAGUUGUAUGGCUAAUCAAAACGUUGAUUGAUGAUUGUGCUAAGCAAGGAUGGGGAGAGUACCGGACACAUCUUGCAGCUAUGGACCAAAUCAUGGACACAUACUCGUUCAACAAUAACGUCUUUAGGCGAUUCAACGAGACGAUAAAGAAUGCGGUUGAUCCCAAUGGGAUCUUGGCGCCAGGCAAAUCGGGGAUCUGGCCUAAGCAGUAUGACCGCUUGAAGUGGAAGCUUUAG